CUCGAGCCUCUCGAAUGGUAGGAUUUGCGCGCGAACGUGAAAGCUGAUAAGCCUCGGGAGGCAGAGUAAAGAAGUCUCGUUCUUUGCGACGCGAUAAGGACUGUCCUUGGUCGCGAAGAUGGACUGCUGCAACUACGUCGAAGCGUAUGCGGGUGGGGGUCACUUUUAUCAACAACAACACUACUUUUGUUACGAGAACGCGGCCACCGAUUACGGCGGUUUUUCGAUCUCUGCCGCGAUCGAGACCAACGCGCGCUAUAAUGGAACUGUACCGCCUGCGUAUCCCACAGAUUACGUGUACAAUCCAAAGGAGGCGAGGCUGCGGAAGGCGAUGCGCGAACAGACUCGCGAGCUCUCCAGGCGAUCGAUCCUGCAGAACGCGAUCGCUAGAGCGGGCGUGAUCGCUGGUCCAGUCGCAUCCGGUGGAUUUCUCGAUCAUCAGCAUCGUUUCGGUUGCGUGUCCACGUCAGGAUUACCGAUGACCUCCUCAGUGGAGGCUGACAGGGUGGCGGAGCCGUGGUUCCAGGCACCGCCUCGACCGAAACCGAUUCAUUCGCCGCGGAUGGCCGAUUGGUACGGGAACGUUGGCGAUCCGAUUGAGAGGCUUCAAGUGAUGGGUAUGCACCAACGCGGCCUGGACAAGUGCAAGGAGGCGAUGAGGAAUCAGGCGAGCGUGGCAAACGCCACGGAAUGCGGUCCUGGCUUCUCCAACGGCGGAUAUCCGGUUGAUUUCAGCGACGUCAGUCGCGAAAGGGAACUUCGCCGUCAGGAGAACAUCGCGGAAUACGCCGAGUUUGCCGACAGUCAGAAGUGGCAUCCUUAUCAAAACGGCGGAGGUGCUCACCAGCAUCCAAGGACGGCACAUCCUUCUCAGAUGGCUGGUAUUCUGCAUCCGAACAUUCAGAGCAGAGGUUCCCACGGACACGGACCGUGGGGUCAAUUUUGUCACGGCGUUCUUCCGCAUGCACCGCCUAUGCCCCGAAACGUCGGAGUUCGCGGACCUCGACACACAGUGCUGUUAAGAGACCGCUUACCUAGCAGACACUGCGAAUUCUCUGGAGAAGCUAGAAUGGCGUACAACCCUAAUAAACUGGACAUUGAUAACGUACGAGCGUCGUACUCGCCUCCUGAGCAUCAGAUGCCAAGAUUACUCGAAUCCUCUGUCGACUCUGUCAUGGAUUCCGCGUCCACGUCGAGGAUUCGCCGCGAGGACGAGGGUCCUAGGUGGGAGCCGAACGCGAUCAACAAUAGAAUGUCCAUGGACAAUCUGACUGCAACGACGGAAUCGAAUGCACCGCGUGAGAAAGAACGCGAGUCUCGUCGAUCCACGGAGAGAUUCGAGGCGAAGAAGAAGGCCGCUAGCAAACAGCCGUUGCCUGGUUUCCAUCAGGCGUUCGGUUCCACGGAGAUCGGCAGGUUCUCCAGAUCGGAGUUCUUCGUGAACAUGGUCGGUGAGAGCGGCGGAAACGUGGAAGUCACCGACACGGACAGCACUAACGUAAGUACGGAUCGUAUGUCGGAGGUAAACGGUGCUACGGCGAGCGCCGCGACCCACGACACGUCUGUGGUCACUACAAGCGCAACGACGACCGUCAGGUCAUUCGACGGCGACGACAGCGAGGAGACAAACUAUGACGAGUCGAACGAGCUGACGAUCGGCAUAUUCUGCGAACAGCCGACAGCUCCUCGUUGGCAUAGUCCUCACGUGGGCGCUAUAGGUAGCGAAAUUUAAGCGGAUCUUUAAUCCUUUCGUGGGCUAUGAUACUUCCCAAUUGAAGAAAGAACGGCGUUGAAUUAGCAUUUUG